CUGGAUUACAUCAAGCGAGGGGAGCGUCGCCCGCCAGCCCCCAGCCCGUGUCCGCCCGCGGCCGCACGCAGUGCAUAAAGCUGACAGAAGCAAGAUGAAGAGAGGCCCAGCACUAGUUUUUAUGCUGUUUCUUGUCACCAAGACCCCAGAUGCCUCUCCAAACCAACUGGAAUGCAAGGAGAGUCAAUACGUUGAUGAGCACGGGAAGUGUGUCCCAUGUAAGGAGUGUGGCCCUGGCUGGGAGCUCUCCAAGGAAUGUGGCUAUGGUGAAGGAAGAGAUGCACAUUGCACUGCUUGUCCUCCCAGGAAGUUCAAGGAGAGCUGGGGGCAUCAUGGAUGCAAAACAUGUCUCUCCUGCAUCCUCAUCAACCGUGUUCAGAAAUCCAACUGCACUGCCAUUUCCAAUGCAGCCUGUGGGGAAUGUCUGCCAGGGUUCUACAGUAAAGGCCGGAUUGGUGGGAUGCAAGAUCUGGAGUGCAUCCCCUGCACAAAGCAGACCCCCUCCUCCGAGCCUCAAUGCAGCUCCAGAACAAACCUGAAGGCAGCAGGAUCUGAAGUGCAUCCCCUGCACAAAGCAGACCCCCUCCUCCGAGCCUCAACUCCAGACAAAUCUACAGCACCUCCUCAGGACACAGCCCUCCUGGCACUAACUAGCAGUGCCCUGGUCAUCAUUGCGUUAGUGCUACUGGCACUCUCCAUCAUCUACUGCAGACGUUUCUGGAAGUGCCAGGGCCAGCGAGUUUUUCUGAGGACUCAGAAUUUCUCUGGACAGAGAGCGAUGUUCCAGGCCUCAGCCGCUCCGGGCAGGUUUCCAUGUGAGGAACAGAUGACUAGUCCAUGCUGCUUGGGUAUGAAGAAACUGAGCCCUUGCUACAGGCAAGCAGAAGGUCCAGCCGAAGUGAUUCAGUUCAUUUCUGAUGGAGAAACUGUUGGCCUUCAGUUCCCUGCUGCCCACCAUGAUUUGGAGUUGUCCCAGGUGAUUGCCGGCAGCCCCAGUCCCAAAUCCCAGCUGGCGAGGAGUGUCUUGGAGACCCAACCCCUGAUAAGAAACUCAGGGUGCAGCGACGGCUCUGCAGGGGGCUUGUCUUCCACAGAUGUCAGGCAGGGCCCAGUUGAGUUCACAGAAGCCCUGGCCCCUCUCUCAUCAUGUGCCUCAGAGAUGCAACACAAAUGGCCCCAUGCCCCAGUGGAGUGCACCGAGCUAGACCUGCAGAAAUUCUCCACGCAGGCUGAGUGCAUGGGCACUGGAAGGCAGGAGGAAGCAGCAAAUGAGGUGGCUCAAAGAGUCCCAAGAGCUAAAUCUGAGUUAACCCUUGAAGCAAAGAGUGGAUUCGUUAUGGAGCCUGCCAGGGGCUUGUCCCCAGCCUGCCGAAACCCCACAGCUGAAAGUGGGGAGCAGCCAGUGGAUGACACCCAGAGUCUUGUGACUGGGAUUACCAGCACUACACAAGGUCUCCCAAUAGCAGAACUCCCUCACUCCUUGGUGCUGUCGCUUGGCUUCCAGUUGGACCCUUCUUUGCCUGGUCUGAAGAAUUUCAGCCAUGUGGGGAUGGAGCUAGGGGUCCCAGCCCACCUGGUGAGCAAGAUGUCUGGAUUUGAGCAGCUGGUCACUCACCUCACCUCCUCAGGAGACACAGUCACCGUUCCUGUCCUGGCCCGGGCCCUACAGCAACUCCACCGUUUUGAUGCCUUGCUCUUGCUGUGUGAUCACUUUGCUGUGAGCUAGACCCUGAGCUUCCAGUGCUAGGUAGCAUGAUGGGAGCAGAGGAGUUGUAGGUAUUUUAUCAGCCAGAGGGACCUGGCAGCAAUGUGCCCAUCUGGUCUCCAAUGCCAUCUGAUCUCCAACUGUGUGAAGAAGGCCUUUGCAUCUUGAGGUAAAAUCACAGGGUAAGCAGGAACACUUUGCUUAUGAGGAAAGCAAGGGUAACCAAUGAGAGUAUCAGCCCCAUGCACUUUGGACACUCACAGUGAGCUCUUCAUAUACCCUGGACCACUGCCGGAGCCCUGCCUCAUGCUGGCCACCAUUGGGUUCAUCAGUAAUGAUGCACAAACUUCCUCCACAAUCUGCCUUCAGACUUGUGUAUAUCGGUGUCCAGAAACAAACUGGCCUUCCUGGCUACUGUGAAUGGCUUUAGGGCCUUCUGCCUCCAUGGCCUGGUGCUGGUGUGUGAUAAGAAUGAUCCUUGGGAAGACUCAGUGUUAGCUGGAUUGGCCUUUUAAAAGAUUUUCUGAGCCACCCAGCUGCCAUGACCCUUCCACGUGGUUCAGUCUUUAUGGGUCUUCUUUGUGAACCAGUAAUUUGAAGUUGUUUCCUGCCUCUGUGGUUCUCCGUGGGGUUGUUUCCUGCCUUCAGGCUAGGUUCUCUCUGUCUCUCUCUUUCUUUGGGGAUCUUCUUGGUUGUUGUGAUUGAAUAGUUUAUUCAAAGGGAUACAUAGAAGUGUAUUAAAAUAGCCUUCUCUUCUUAAGGGGAGUUUUUGUCUACUCUGCUAUGUGGAACUCUCUCUCACAGGCCCAGCAGUCAUUUCAUGAAUUUAUCACUUUUCAGAUAUGGGCCUUCCUCAUUUAGCAAACACUGGAUUUCUUGGGUUUCUGCUCAGCACCCAGAAGCUGGGGCUGUUUUUUUGGUGGCUUCUUCCUCUGUGCACUAAUACAGGGCAUAGUCCUUGAAGGGUUGUUCAGCCAUAAGUUCUCCAGGGAGGCUCCUGUGUUGAGUUACUAUGUGCCAUGCCAAAAUGGUGCUACAUUUAAUUUCACUUCCUGGUUAUGGACAUGGUACCGUUUUCUUAAGAAGGAUAUUUCAGAUCAAGAGUUGGGAUGUUUAAGUUUUGUGGAAUUUCGCUUCUAAGAAAGACAGCAAGGUAGUCAUUGCUUUCCCUCAUCUCCUACCCAGCAUCUCUGCCUGCUUGCCACACAAAUAGUUUGCUAAUGGGCUCUUCCAUGCCAACAUUUGUGGCAUCUCACAGCAAGAGUUUUGUCACAUUCUAGUCUUCUAUACAUCUUAAGUAUCUGAGGUUUUAAGGCUACAUGAUCCAAAUGGGACCUGGUGUAGCACAAGGUGUAGGUUCCUUCUUCAUUUCCCAGCUGUCAAUGCCCAGAUUAUAUCUUGAAAUAUGGGGAGCCUUAGCCUUUAUUUUGGUAGAUCAUGAAUGGAUUUGGUGAUCUUUAGCCUGUAAAGGUAAUAGGCAGCUAAAUACUAUUGACAAGUAGAAGGAAUCUGCAAGGGCCUCUACACAGAGCAGGGGCAGGGAGUUCUCAUUUCAGUACAUGUGUGUUUGAUUUAGCUGAUGAUCUUUGUGGCUGGAAGCCCAAUGGUUGUGGGCUCAUUACAAUGAGUAUUAAAAUAAUUGUGCCAUUAGUAAUAAAAACAGGGCUGUUUAAGAUCAGUUUGUUGUUCAGGCUGGAAACAGCCUCAUUCUCUGAUUUCUGAGGGUGGCUGUAACAAGGGUGACUUGUCUUUACUUCCCUCUGCGAAGAUGUGUCAGAACUUGCAACAGUUCAACUCUGUUAGUCUUUCUGAUGUUCCUGGAGCUGGUGCCUGUAGGCAGAUUCCAUAGGUGGUGGCUACAGGUUUCCAGGCCGUUUUCACAAAGCUGCCACUAGUUUUUUUGGAUUUACUCUGUGUGAAACGAUUAACAUGAUUUGACAAAUUGGAUCAGGGGAGAUGUGUGAGGUAUGAAAUGAUCUAAAGUGCUCAUAAGCCUGGAAAAAUCCUUCCACUCCAGAGCUGUUCUGACUGACAGGAGCAACAUUAACACAAGCCUCUAAAUACAGUAUUUUCGUCAGGGGCAAAUACUUCAGGAGAAAAUGAGACACGCCUCUCACCUCCUCCUGGGAGAGGCCAGGGUGGAUACGGGAUAGGAAUCCAGUGCUGGUGCUCAUCUGCAGUAGUUUUUCUUGUGGCUGCAGAAUACACCCCCGUGCCUUCCUGCGAUGAUCGCUGGCGUGUGACAAACCCUAUUAUAUUGUCAGUGUGUUUUCCUGCCCUGGCUCUCAGCUGUGCCAUGCUGGAUUCCUUUCAUAGCAAAGUCUUUUUCACUGAACAACUGUGCUCUAAGGAGAGGAAUUGCUGGGAGCGAAUUGCGCUAAGCAUUGUGCAGUGCAAUUCAGUCAGGGGCUUUUACUGUAACCCCAACCAGGGUUUCUCUACAAUUUGCUGUAGGUAGGAUCUAGUGAGUUUCUACCAGGUAAAAUUGGGCCCAGGCUGACUUAAGGAGGCUGCUCUCCUUCAUUUAUGGCUCAAGACUGGCACCUAGUGGAAGAGAAAGGAAGCUCCUCUAAUUAUCUCUGUCCCAGGCUCUAGGACGGGUUGUGUGUCGGGAGGGGGGUAGGGGUUGUUUAAAACCUGUAACCGUGAAGAAUGUGGCUAGCGCCACUCUGACCAAGGUACUGGUGUUGGCCUUUUCCUAUGUGUGGUUAAAUAUACCAUAUUAUUCUGUACUUUGUUGUGCAGGGUUUUUUAAUUAUUUUUAACAGGGUCUUUAAACUGAUGUCUGGGGCCAAGGUUCAGAUCGUGCUACUUAGCUGCAUAUAUCCACCUUGCUCUGUACACCAAAUGAUGAGAGUCUAAUGGAGCAUUGUUAAUCCCAGGAGUUCUGGGACACUGCAAAUUCGGAGCAGAUUCAGUGGUGCUGAGCGGUAUUAGGAGGUGAGGAGGACGUUUUGCUGGGCUCACAGCUCUACUGAAGUGCUUCAGUUAGUUUUGUGAGCACUGGGCAGUUCUUGUCUUCCCAUGAGCCUUUGAGACCAUGAGUUGGACUGUACCCGAUGAAACCUUCCCUUCCCAGAUCUAAGAAAUUAAGCUGCUCAUAUUUGGCACCUUUCUUGGCAGCUUCUGCCCUAUAUGUUGCAUGGCAUACAGGCCAGUUUGUUCACAUUGCCUGAGGAUCAGUGGAGUGGCAGGGAUGUAGACUACAUUGCAGCAUGAUUCUGGCAUGGAUGUACCAGGAAUGGCUGGUAGCAUGUGGGGAGGGAUAGAGAGAAGAGGGCAGGAUGGUUUUCAGUGUUCCUAGCAAAUGACUGCUCUGAGGUUCAUGACAGUUAACAAGAGUGGCUAAAAUCUAACAAGCUCCAAGAUACAGAGCAGAAAGGUCUUGUGAAUGGCCCAUAGCACUGGAAGUCAGGAGAUCUGGGAUAUGCAUACAGCUGUGCCACUGCCAUGCUGAUGGACCCUGGGGAAGUCCAUCAUCUCUCUGCGCCUCAGUUUCCCCAGCUCUAAAGUGCAACCAAUACUCCUUGCCUACCUCAUAGAGCUAGUGUGAGGCUUAAUGUUUACAAUUUCUUUGAAAUCCUCAGAUGGGAGAUGAAACAGAAAACAGUAUUAUCCCAUUGGUAUGAAACUUGAUCCCACUAAAGUCCCAUUAAACUGCCAUUAACUUCAAUGGAAUCAGGAUUUGGUAUGUAAUGUUCACUGCACCCUUCUUUUCUUGUUUUUUCCUCUCCAUUUUCUUCCCUUCUGAAACACCCUCCAUGUUUCCUGCCCUCUUUUGUUUCAUCUCUUUUCUUCAUCUUAAAUUUUCAAACGAUUUGUCUUACAUUCCAAGAAGUACACAGUAAUAUUCUUAUUGUGCAGUUUCCUGAUGUCACUUUCUUAUUACAACAGUAAGGACCCAGCAGCAUGAAUAAAAACAUCAGUUCUUGCUGUUACCCCAGCAGAGACCUUCAUGUAUAAUAUACCCAUUGUAUUCUCGGUUAUACCUGUUGCUCAGAUCUGUUGUUCAGCUUAGAACUUGAAACUGCAAGAAUGUUUUUAAAACCAUGAUGGUUCCUAGAGCCCCUAGUAUGGACAAUUUCAGGGUUGGACUAGCUACAGUCAUUUGAAUACUAAUUAACUUGCAUGCAAGGACUGUUAUAAUGGAAUGAUAUGUAUUGUUAUUUCAUUCUCAAAAUGUUAGAGUUCAGAGGUUGAUCGAAAGAGUUUUGUUUUUGUGAGAAGGCCAGUAACAUUAAUUUGAACAUAUAUUUCUCUUGGCUACUUUCACAGCCAUGGAUCCCUGAAGCUGGCUGAGAUCACAGGCCUAAUGUAAAUAGCUGAAUUGUUUUCUAGUAAAUAAAGGCAUGGUGUCUCCCUGCAGCUAACGGGGGUGGACAGUGUUGCCUAUUCUGAACCGACAUGCACAUUUAGCAUGGAUUAUUUGUUUGUUGAUAGACACUUUUGCUGUUGUAAACCUUUCAGAUUUGAAUAUUUUCUGGACAGUCAGUUCACAUGCAAGACAGAGGCAGCUCCAGCUGGAUGCAAUGCUUUUCCUGCCUUCCAUUUGUGUUUGGCAAAGUCAGCUCAUUGCUGUUUUUGAGACUGUCUUGUAAGAGCCAGAAUAUUAGACAUUUUGUCUGUUAUGAGAUGCAGUGUCAACAAAUUAACACUUAUUAUGCUGCACUUUAGUUAUGCAGGAUUAAUUAAAAAAAUAAAAAAACCUCAACUGUAAAACACCUCAGACAAAAGGCAAAUCUAGGGUGAAGAUCCUGAUUUCAGGGUCUGUCUACAUGGGGACACAAUCAGAAAAAUUAAUCUGAAUUCACUAGUAAAGUGGAUUAAAUAAACUGCCACAAAUCCAUAAGUGGUUGUUUUUAUUCAGCAUUAAAGGGGUCUUCAUUCAGUUUAGCUUACUUUACUUCCAAAGUGAAUUAAGCCAAUUCGGAUUAAGGACUUCUUUGGUUCUGAAUAAAUACUGACACAGGUUUUUUAAUAGUUUUACCUGUUGUGUGAAUUAUACCAUGUACCUCUGUUAUCAGCUCUGAGUCAUUAGGGUCAAUGAGUGUUUGGAAACUUCUGAGUAUGUCCUCCCAGGGCGGUUUGUACACGUGAUGGGGUUUAAUUGUCAUUAAAUUAAAUAGGUUUAUUAAGAUUAAAAUGAUUUUAAAACGGAUGCGUCAAUGUUUAGAGAUGACAGCCUUUAAAUCAAAUUAAGCUCAGUGCACAAUUCAUAGUAAAUUACAGCAGAGGGGAGCCAUAAAACAGUCCAUCCCACUGAUCUCUUUAGUACUCAGUUACAGCAGGGGCGCAGGCAAGCCAGGAAUCCCCUCACUCCCUGCCAGCCAUAGCUGCCCACAGGGAGCUCCAUGCCCAGCUGCAGUCACCUAUAGGGUCAUCUGCCCCCCUGCCCCGCAUGGCCCUGGCAUGGGUGCCCCCCUGUGCCUUGCUGCCCAUGGCUCCCCAAAGGGUGAGCUUACUGACAGCGGCGCCAUCACCCCAUAAUCCGACCCUGGUUCCAUCAAAGAAUUAAGAACCGCUUGGGCACCUCUGGACUUUUCAUUUGUCCCCCUGCUCACAGGACUCCCCAGGUCCAAACAGGUUAGGUCCAAAAGACCCCCCAGGUCCAAAGUGAGAAGCAUCAUAUUAAAUUAAUUUAUUUGUCAGCGUGCAGGCAUUCCCCCCCCUUCCCCCACGCAGUUUUUUUAAUCAGAAUUACUGAUUCUACCAGUUUUUCCCACCCCCCUGCUGGUCCUUCUGCCAGCUGCUGUUAACUUGCUGCUAAAUUGCCCAUAUUCUGCCUUCAACAGGCUCCUUUGGCCAUCUUCUUUGCCCCCUGGGCAGCACGGGGGAGGGGGCAAAGCCAGGUUUUGAUCAAGGCAAAUUACAGGUGGGGGAUGAGACUUGGUUUGUCCCCUGUAUGUGUUUUAUUUAACCCGUCAUGUUGAAACUUUAUCCAUCCUUCCCUUCAUCUCUGCUGCCAUUAGCAGGGAAGAGGAGGUCUAUCUGUGAUAUUUCCCCCUAUCCCCCCAAAGAACAGUUUGUAUCAAUUUGCUUGUGAAACUUAAAAACUGUGUGGGCAUUGUUAUUUUGGCUAUAGCAGCCUGCAUUUCUAGUUAUCUUAAGGGUAAACUUAUAGUGGGUUAGCAUAAGGGUAUAUUCCCUCGGGAGCAUUUUCUUUCACAGUUGUUAUCCAGCUGGAGACCUUUAGUUUACCCAGUUGGAGACCUUUAGUUCUGAUUUAAUAACAAACUUAACGAGGUUCAUCAAAGAAAAGCUUCAGUAUCUAUCCAGGAAAUACCCAGUCUAGCUAGGUACUGCAAAGAAACAUUGAGAAGAAUGGGUCUUAUUAUUUUAAAGCAGACUUUAUUUUUCUUACUUUCUGGCUGCUUUGGAAGCAGUUGUUUAUAUACAGAAUUCAUUCAUUUAACUACAACUGCUCCAUUUCUCACCCUUCCUGGGCUAGCCAGUAGGAACUAAACCAGUAGAUAAGUCCUGAACUUACAAUUGUAUUAAUAUGCAAGAACCCUGCUGCAUUGAUAGAGCAACAUUAACAGAGUUCAUAUAAGGACAAGGCUCUGUCCAUAUAAAUAUGAUUGUAGGUUUGGGGGUGGGGGAGGCACAGGUAUCUGUGCAGGUAGGUGAGCAGAAGAUUGAUUCAUGUCAGACUGAGCUGCUGCACCUGGUGUCUGAAAAUAAAUAUUACACAGAAAUUCCAGCAAAUUGAAGUUAUCAUUUUUCUCUCCUAUCUGCAAAUUGAAGCAACCUCUGGUGGCCAGAGGGGCUCAUUUCACGUCAUUGAGUGAAUUUGUGUUUUCACGUGACAGAUCCAAGGAUGCAUCAGUUUAAUUUGUGGCGAUCCAAUGUAAAAUACAUUGGGGUGUGUUUUCCUUUGAAUCAUAAAAAAGACAUUUAAAUUGCCAGAAACCCAUACGUGAAAGCUGUAACACAGUUAAUUCAUUAAAAAGGGCAAUUUUCAUCAUGUGUACGAAUGCCUGAGGUACCAAGGACUCUCAACAGCCAUGAACUACCAUUGGGAGCAGUGCAACAUACUUGCUACAUACAUACAUACAUACAUACAUACAUACAGCAGCACCUCACCUGGAAUUGGGCCCAAUGCAGGUGGAGGAUUUCCCCAUUUCCUUCAUUCAUUCAAGGUCCAGCUGACAGCCUAAAUAUGUAAUGAUGACUAUGCAAUCAGCUGGUGUGACUGUAUGAAAAAUGAUAAAACUGGGUUCAAAAUGACUUUCUUUAUUAGUGUGUUGCAGAUUCUUGCUUUUUGCUAAUGGGUUAUUUGUUCCUGCUGAUCUCACUGGCAACCUUGACAGUGAGAGGGGAACACAAUGCAUCAACAAACACGUAUUGAAGAAAGAAGACUCUUCUUCCUUUUAAGAAUUUAUCUUAGAAAACCACAUCCCUCUCUUCCUGCAGAGAUUUAUCUUUCCCUCUCCCCAGCAGUGAGCUAUAGCUAUGAUUUUUAAGCUGCUUAUUAUAUUGUUCAGUAGCUAAUCAAAAUUAUUCAAUGAUAGAACUUACCCAGUUGUGCCUUAAGAAUGAGGCACUAAUAACUUGUGCAGUUACUUUUUAUACACACAUGGCUCAAAUAAUCUCUCUCCGUAUCAGCUAAUUGGAACACAGCUGUUUAAGUAUUUAGGGAACACCCUCUAUGAUAAAACCCAGAUGGGAUUUUUUUUGUUUAAUUUUCUGCCUACUUCUCUCCAGGUAGCAAAUUAGGGGCUGAGUCAUGUAACUGACCCAGGCAAGUUGUUCUUACAUGAAUGGUCCCGAUGGGUUCAAAGGUGUUAUUUGCAGAAAGACUGAUUGUAUUAAUAAGGGGUUUGCACAACUCUGCCUGCCAUUGUUAAGAAAAAUGUAACUUGAUUCAAGGGCCUGUUCCUGUUUCUGUGGAAGCCAAUGGCUCCAUUAAUCUCUAUAGAAGUAGUGCUGGGCCCAAAGUUAUUAACAAAGGCCAAAUGUUUCAAAAUUGGCAGCUUCCUUCCUGGGUGUCCAAUCUGAGAUGCCUUUAACCUGUUUGGGAUUUUUGUUUGUUUGUUUUUAAUAACGCUUGCUGAUAUUUGUAGAGUUGUGGGUACUAAAAUCUGGCUCUUGUCAUCACAGUUUAGGCAACCAAAAGUUGUGGCAUCCACAAUCAAAAAAGUUACUUUUGACAACUUGGCUGAGAACCAGUGAUUGACUUCUGUUUAUUUUGUUUCAUUUUUUUUUAAAGAACAAAAAUUGUCUUUAAGAAAGAAAAUUCUCAGCACAGUCAAUGUAAUUUUUGUGGGGGGAGGGAAUCCCCAUAGAAACUCUGCUUUUCAGAUUUGGACACUGAUACACUGAGAGAGGCUAGUUUAUAAAGAGCUAAAGGAGAAAAAAAAUAUUCAUUUUUCAGCAUCAGCAGAAGUUCAUCUGGGAAGAGCUGACAAAGAAUUGUGGAGGUAUUUCAUGACUCAGCUUUCUUUAACAAGUAGGCUCUUUUCCCCACUUCCUUUCUUUUUCUUUUAACUCCAGUUAUAUCUGAAUUCCUAAUUUGAGAAAAAAUGUAGCACAUGCUGGAAUCCAUGUGUCUUUAGGCUGGUUCUUAAGCACACACUUAACUUUAAGCAUACACUAAAGUCCAAUUGACUUUAAUGGGAUUUAAGCAUGUACUUAAGUGCAGUCUUGUGCAGAGAUGCCUAACUGAACUGGAACUUCAAUGUGCUCUUACAUGGGAGAGAUGCUGAGGGAAAGGUAGAUUUUUAUGGUGAAAGGCAAUUUUGGUGCAUUUAAGGAGGACCUGAGGAUGGUAGGAGGUAGUACUUGGGGUGUCUUUAGAUAACACCGACUUGGAUUCUACUCACUUUUUAAAAAAAUUAUUUCUGUGGUCAGGGAUUUCCCAUGAAAAUACACAGGUUUGUAUUUUUUAUGGUUAAUGUUAUUUUUUUCUAAAAGUUGUAAAUAAGUAUUUUAUAUUUUUUUAUAACUCCUGUGUCAAUGGCAUUGUUAUUUAGUGCUUUAAUUCUAUUUUUUUGGGUGGGACCUGUUUGUUUAAAAACCUCUGAUGUUUUAAUUUACUAAGGAAUGUUUUAGAGUUCCCUACAUUUCACCCUGGAUCCAGAGUUCUUUAAUGGUUUUGUAUUCAUGCUUAAAUAAAUUUAAAAUGAUU